AUGAGCGUCUUACUACCCAACAUGGCGGACUUUGAUACCAUUUAUGAGUUAGAAGACGAAGAGGAUGAACACGUAGUGAGCGAGGAACACUUGCCCAGAUACUGUCCGGAGCCCGUGGUUAUGCGAGGGGCCGGGCACAUUACAGUGUUUGGACUGAGCAACAGAUUUGACACAGAAUUUCCCUCUGUUCUCACGGGAAAGGUAGCACCAGAGGAAUUCAAAACCAGCAUCAGCAGGGUGAAUGCUUGCUUGAAGAAGAACUUGCCUGUGAAUGUGAAGUGGCUUCUUUGCGGCUGCCUGUGUUGUUGCUGUACAGUAGGCUGCAGUCUAUGGCCCGUUAUCUGCCUCAACAAGAGAACAAGAAGGUCUAUUCAGAAGUUGUUAGAGUGGGAAAAUAACCGAUUAUAUCACAAGCUGGGUCUGCACUGGAAACUCAGUAAAAGAAAAUGUGAAAGCAGUAAUAUGAUGGAAUAUGUGAUUCUUAUAGAAUUCUUGCCCAAAUAUCCUAUAUUCCGACCGGACUGAGGAGGCUGUUAACUGACCGGACGUGUGGCCCUUGAAUCUUAUCCUUAGUGCCUUGUAUAUACAGUAUGUUGGAAUAAGGGUCUGCAUCGGCGUCUCUCGUGACGACCUGUACAUCUCCCAGUACCUUGUACAUUAGAAUCUGCAACACUGUCACUUUGCUUUAGAGCAGAUUUUGCACAUUUUCCCCGACAGAACUAGACAUGCUCCCUUCGUUGCACUCUGAUGUGUUUUUGUUACGUGACGAACAAGUGAAACUCUCGAAAAGUGCAUUUACCCCAAAGAACCAUCAACCUGUAUCCCAUCUAUUAUAUCAGUAAUCCCUUGCAAAGAAUGUGAUGCCUCCACCUUCCGUGACUAUCCUUGCCUUAUGUAUGAUUUUUUAAAAAUAACUACAUGUAACAGGAGGAGGAAGGCAUUGGGUAAUUCAACAAGUCUGUAGAUUUAAAUGCUGUUUGUUGGGUUUCCUCUCUUUGAAUCCAGUUCUUUGCAAGUAGAUGGGAUGGUUGAAAUUGCCUAACGUACAGUGUACGUCAUCGCCCUGUGUUUUUUCUCUACAUGUAACCCUCUGUACAUGGGAACUAGCUAGUAAAAGAACUUGACCUGUAAAUACCAUGUUAGGAUAAGCUGUACAGUGGUAUACCAUUGUUUACAUAAAGUUACUUAGCUCUUUAGUUUUUUUUGCCAAUAUAUUGCUGUACCAUAGUUUUGAUUAAUGAAAGAUGUUUAUGUACCUUUCUAGUUUAUAUGGACCUGUUUACCUUGUAAGCCAUAUAGUUGCAAUGUACAUGAUGCCAGAGUUAGAACUGAUUAUUGCACUUGAUCGCAAAAGAAAGUCAGGAUUUUAGACUAAAAUGCAUCCUGAAUAUUCAUCCAGUACAACAGCUAACAGCAGCUGUGCUUGUUGCCGUGUGGUUUUUGCCAAUGAAGAUGACUUUCAGUGACACGUCAUCUGUUAAAGCUCGAGAGACUCUCCGGCUUUAAUCUCAGACAUGCAGUUGGAAGAUAAUGAUUUGAACUCUGCACUUCCAUUCUUUUUUUUUUCCAGUUUAUCCCAACAAUGCAUUCAUUUUUUAAAUAGUUUUGUACUCUUCCCUGUGCUGUGUUUGGUCCUCCUGAUGUGUUAGGAAGCACAUGCAUCAACAGUACAUGGCGUAUUGAGCAGAUGGUUCCUUUGUUUCAGGCAUUCUGUCCAGUGUCUGUAUUAUUUUCCUGAAUCGUUAGUCAAGAGAUUGCUGUACUGAGUUGUAUUAGAGUGCCUCUGGAUUAGAUGGUGAAACACAGAGAAGUACAGGUUGAAAUCUGUUCUCUUGUACAAAGAGGAAUUUAAAUCCUUCGCCCAGUAUUGUCCCUGUUACAAUUCUUGUAAAUGUUUGUCAUGAUGACCUGAUCCCUAUGGAGAGAGAAAAUAAAUUGUCGAUUUUGA